AUGUUGCCAAACGUCUCCUGCCUGAUCCAGGCACCCGGUCUGGCAGUGGUGUUGGUAGGACAGCGGAAGGACUCCCAAACCUACGUUCGGAGCAAGAAGAAGGCUUGUGAGGAGGUAGGCAUCGUCUCCUACGGCGUCGACCUCCCAGAAACGGCGACCGAGGACGAAGUCCUGGAGGUCGUCGCGAAGUUCAAUGCUGAUCCCAAUGUGCAUGGCAUCCUGGUUCAGCUCCCCCUCCCAAAGCAUAUCAACGAGAAGCGCGUGCUGGAUGCAAUUUCGCUCGAGAAGGAUGUUGACGGAUUCCAUCCCAAUAACAUUGGGGAGCUGGCCAUGAGGGGCCGCAGCCCAAUGUACGUCUCCUGCACCCCAAAGGGUUGCCUCGAGCUGCUGAAGCGCUCUGGCAUCACCCUUGCCGGCAAGCGGGCCGCGGUCGUCGGCCGCAGCAACAUUGUGGGCCUACCAGCAGCCCUCCUCCUGCAGCAGGAGGAUGCGACUGUGACGGUGAUUCACUCGCGCACACCAGAUGCCCAGCAGCUGUGUGCCGAGGCUGACAUUGUUAUCGCUGCUUGUGGCAAGGCAGAGAUGAUAACCGGUGACUGGAUCAAGCCUGGCGCGACCGUCAUCGACGUUGGAAUCAAUGCAGUGGAUGAUCCCACCGCAAAGCGUGGGUAUCGGCUGGUUGGCGACGUGAACUUUGAGGAGGCAAAGGAAAAGGCUGCAUUUAUCACCCCUGUUCCUGGAGGUGUGGGUCCUAUGACCAUUGCCAUGUUGCUGCGCAAUACAGUGGAUGGUGCAAAGCGCUCCCUUGAGAACUGA